GCAGAAGUGAACCAGAGAACGUUCAUCACUGUUAACGACUUUCUCGGAAGGCGGCGUUGAUAAUGAAACAAUGUAUCAGACAACGGCCACCAAAUACAAAUAUGUAGGCAUCUAUCUAUAACCACUGUCAAUAUGGCCGGAUAAGCACGUUUUUUUCUUAAGACAGUUUCAACAGUUUAUUAUUUCAGGUCUCCUAUUGAAUCAGGAAGAGUGCAGUCAACAAUUCCACUUAAUGGUUGCCAUUGGUUUGGACAAUUUACAUUUUAUGUGUAUGCCAUGUUGGCAUUGUGUUCUGACGUAUUCAAUUGAUAGGAAUAACCUGUCCAGUCCUGUUCGGUCAGGGCGACGCUCCGCCCUUCCAGGCGAUACAGUCGGUGACGCCGGAUAAUCGUAAACACUGUGUUCUUACAACCGCGCAAGCUACUACACUUACUUCUGAAGCGGAGAAUAAUUAAUAUUUACUUCAAGUAGUUCACCGGAGCGCUAUGGAAACCAGACAACAAGAGAGGGGACACCUGAGAACAGGUCUGCUUGAUGCAGAGCCUCUCAGGGAAUCGGAGGAGGACAACAUGGUGUCAGACGUGGACCUCAACAACACUGUGACCGAAGAGGAGAGGGAGGAGAUCCAGCAGGAGCUGGCCAAGUUAGAAGAGGAGAUCUCUACUCUGAGGCAGGUCCUGUCCUCAAAGGAGAAGCAGCAUGCAGAGCUGAAGCAGAAGCUGGGCAUCACCCCCCUCAGUGAGCUGCGCAACAACUUCAGCCGCAGCUGGUACGACAUGCAGACCUCCACCGCGUACAAGAAGACGUCAGAGACCUUCAACACAGCAGGCCAGAAAACCUCUGCAGCGUUCAACAAUCUGGGGUCUGCCAUCAGCAGGAAGUUUGGAGACAUGAGAUCAAAUUCAAUAGGCUACUCUAUCAGACAUUCUAUGAGCAUGCCUACCAUGAGAAACUCCCCCAGCUUCAAGUCCUUUGAGGAGAAGGUGGAGAGCACCGUCUCCAACAUCAAGACCAAAGUGGGCGGGACCGGGGGGAGCUUCGAGGAGGUGCUGUCCUCAGCAGCCCACGCCAGCACCCAGGACACGCCCUCCAACCACCUGAUUGACAGCCCGGAAGAGACCCGCUAGACCAACCACUUGCAAGACCAAACACCAGACAGCCCCGAGCAGGCAAGGGAUGGAGCCCGGGGUGGUUUGGACUAUUUGAAAUCUUUCCAGUUACUGUCCAUGACUACUGUCACUGCCCUUUAACACUGACCACUGUUACUGUCCUCCAACACUGACUACUACUUGUUACA